AUGGAGGAUUCACAAGACGGACUAAAAGAUUUAUUAAACCGGCUGGAGAAAGCAGCACUGAAAGUUGGACUCCAUAUCAAUGAGGACAAAACGGAAUAUAUGGUUGUAGGAAGACGAGACACUAUAAGAUUAUAUCCAACUCUUAACAUCAACAACCGAAAUUUCAAAAGAACAAGACAAUUUAAGUACCUAGGAUCCAUACUUUCAGAGAGAAAUGAAAUCGAAAUAGAAAUAGGAACAAGAAUUCAGUCAGGAAAUAAAUGCCUUUAUGGUCUUGCGAAAUUACUGGGAUCAAGAUCACUUUCAAGAGAGUUAAAAUUAAUACGACCUGUUAUUACUUAUGGAGCUGAGGCGUGGCCAUUAAGGAAAAGUGAUGAAAGAAAACUCUUAGUUCUAGAAAGAAAAAUACUGAGGAAGAUCUUUGGACCAGUAAAAGACAUGCUUAGUGAAGAAUGGAGAAUAAGGAAAAAUGAUGAACUAGAGACACUCUUUCAUAAACCCAGUAUACUCGAAACAAUAAAGAACAGAAGAUUGCUUUGGGCUGGGCAUGCCUGGCGUAGUCAAAACCCACUCAUACGUAUGGUACUGGAGGAGAACCCUAAUGGAAAAAGACCGCUGUGA